AUGGGAGCCCACGGCCCUGGCACGGACACCGAACUCUCCUGGGACUUCGAGAGCAACAACACCACGGGCCUCACCGCCUUCUCUAUGCCUGGCUGGCAGCUGGCUCUGUGGGCCACAGCCUACCUGGUUCUGGUGCUGGUGGCCGUGACCGGCAACGCCACGGUCAUGUGGAUCAUCCUGGCCCACCCUCGAAUGCGCACCGUCACCAACUACUUCAUCGUCAACCUGGCCCUGGCCGACCUCUGCAUGGCCGCCUUCAACACCGCCUUCAACUUCAUCUACGCCAGCCACAACAUCUGGUACUUCGGCCGCGCCUUCUGCUACUUCCAGAACCUCUUCCCCAUCAUGGCCAUAUUUGUCAGCAUCUACUCCAUGACGGCCAUCGCCGCAGACAGGUACAUGGCCAUCGUGCACCCCUUCCAGCCCCGGCUGUCAGCUCUGGCUACCAGAGCGGUGAUCGCGGGCAUCUGGCUGGUGGCCCUGGCCCUUGCCUUCCCCCAGUGCUUCUACUCCACCAUCGCCAAAGACCAAGGCGCCACCAAGUGCCUGGUGGCCUGGCCCAAGGACAGCGGGGGCAGGACACCCCUCAUGUACCAUCUCGUGGUGAUCGUUCUCAUUUACUUCCUGCCCCUCCUGGUGAUGUUCCUCGCCUACAGUGUCAUCGGCUUCACGCUGUGGCGGCGCGCGGUUCCUGGGCAGCACGUGCACGGCGCCAGUUUGCGCCAGCUGCAGGCCAAGAAGAAGUUCGUGAAGACCAUGGUGCUGGUGGUGGUGACGUUCGCAGUGUGCUGGCUGCCCUACCACCUCUACUUCCUCCUCGGCAGCUUCCAGGAGGACAUCUACCACCACAAGUUCAUCCAGCAGCUCUACCUGGCCCUCUUCUGGCUGGCCAUGAGCUCCACCAUGUACAAUCCCAUUAUCUACUGCUGUCUCAACCACAGGUUCCGCUCGGGGUUCCGGCUCGCCUUCCGCUGCUGCCCGUGGGUCACACCCAGCGAAGAGGACAAGAUGGAGCUGACCCAUACUCCGUCCGUGUCCAUGAGGGUCAACAGGUGCAACACAAAGGAGAUCUUCUUUGUGGUUGGGGAUGUGGCCCCACCUGAGGCUCCUCAGGAUGGGGGACCCCCUGAGCCCUGAAACCUUGGCGACUGUGGCUUCUGGUGAGGCUUUGACGCUUAGUGCCUUUGCGAAGCGCCAGCCAAGAGGACCAGACCUGACAGCCUGAUCAUGCCUCAGCCCUCACUCCCACACAUCACACAUGAUGGAACAGAAAUGCGUGACAGGGCCGGAAAAACUGUAGCUGUGGUCCACUUAUUCUCCAAUGGGGCUUCAGGGGGUCAGUGGGGGCUGCAGCUUCUAUAGCACCGCCUCCCCAGCCCCUGGCCAACACCUUCCUGAGUACACAGUACGAAAGCAGCAUUCUGGAUGUUGUGAUAGAUAAUUGCUUUCCACUCAGGGCUAUAGGGAAUAGUGGGGAGUGUGGCAGAGGAAGGGAGCGGCUUCCCAAAGAAACGGCAGAUGGUCGGCUCUGAAGAAAUGUCACAAGAAAACGGGAGCCAGGUAGCACUGGGUCUUCUAACUACAGCAGAAAUUCAAAUGUCAGUGUUUAGUUCCCUCACCCGACCCCCCCAGGCCACAGCUGGUAGUGCUCAGGGACUAUUCCUGGCUCUGUGCUCAGGAGUAACCCUUGCAGGUGCCUAGGCACCAUGUGGGAUGCCAGGGAUGGAACCAGGGCUAGUCGCAGUGGCUGCAUGCAAGGCACAUGCUUUAUCGUCGGUGCUCUCUCCAGCUCUCCAAAAUCUGAGAGGUUGCCAGACCUGCUCAUUUUGGCUGAAUGUUUAUAAACCAGGGAGAAGAAACCCAACCGUGCCCAUGGGCAGCCUCGCGCCAGAACACCGACAAGGCAGGGUGGGGUAGGUGGGGGCUUGUGUUUGCGCAGCAGUGCCCAGGUUGUGAGUGGACAUCUGAGAGCCCAGAUCCUGCAGUGUCCCUGGCAGUUACAAUUCCAAAGGCGCCUCAAGCUGUGUGGCCUGGGGCCAGCUGUUCGAACCCUCAGCUUCUUCCGGUCCCCCAGAAACACAUCUGACAGGGCUGCAGAGAGGAUGCUGGGAGCGACUCCAGCACUCAUCUGCCAAAAAUGUACCCACGCUCAGCAGAUGCCGAGGUGGCUAUGGCUGCCACGUCAGCCUUCUUGCAGGCACGCUCCCUGGGAGGGAGCUGAACGCACACCUGCACUUAGGCACACACACUUGCACACAUGCACCCUACACUCAUACCAGCAUUUAAACGCAUGCAUGCACACCUGCAUGUAUGCAACCUGCACGCACAGCUGCCCACACUCACAUGCAAGCAUGCAUGUCCCCUGCACGCACAUUCGCAUGCACACCUGCACGCGUGCACGUAAACAUGCACGUAAAACACCUGCCUGCACUUGCAUGCAAACAAGCAUGCACCCUGCACACAGCUUCAUGCAAAUAGGCACACAUGCACGCUGCACACUCUGCAGCAGAGGGUAGAAACACCCCCGCUACACAGCCCCUCGGGGCCUGCCCACUCCCCCACAGGCCGAAGCCUCGAGAAGGGUUUUGUGUCACCUGGGCUGCCCACAGGUCACCCCGCCAAAUAAAGAGACUGAUCUCACCCAGCCAAGGGAGCAUGCCAGCAGCUCUGCGGGAGCCACAGCUGAAACACACACGGGGUGCCUGACUCAGGAGGCACCACAGUAUAGCUGGCAGAUACCGGGGAGAAGACGAAGAGGUCGAGGGGUCUGGGAGACGGUUUAAGAUCCGGGGACCUUCUGCUCCUUGUGUGUUCGGGUGGGGGUCUCCGUCCAUCUCGGACAGGAGCAAGGGCACACAGCAGGGUGUGCCUGGGGUGGUGGGUGGGUCAACGUUCCUCUCACUAGACCCCAGCAGCCCCUGGGAAGCAGGUUGGCUUCUGUGUCUCAAACUGCAAAUGAGGGGGUCGUAGGCCCACACCCCUUUAUCAUAAAGAUCUGGCAGCCCAGGAGAAGGGACCU